AUGUGGUUGCUACAUUACUUUGUCCUGCUUGCUUCUGUUUCAAAACCCGCUGCUGCUGCUUCUUUCCAAAAAUGGGACAUUGAAAAAGGCGCAGUCUGUUCGGGAAUCAUAUGGACUGGGGACGAAUUAAAAGAAGUCCGAUUGAGAUAUUGCGACAGGCCACCAAGUCCAGCCAGUUUAAAAAAUACCAGCCAUCAUUACAGGGGACUCUUCUAUUCCGAUAAGAGGACGUUCAUAUACUUCCUUCCGCUUCCUCAACAUGCCUCUCUUGAGGAGGUACUAGACAUUGAUAGCUACUAUUACAUUAGCGUGGACGCGGAUUGUAACUUCUACAGCGUAGUAAAAUUGAAGGAUUUAUAUGCAGGUCAAACAGCUGUAUAUGAAAGCAAUACUGAAAUGUGCACUGAAGGACAGCAAUUCUAG